CAUGCAUUUGGCCACGUGUCUAGUUGAAAUGCCCAACGAGGUACGACAUGGAUAUUCUAGAAGAGAGACAGCUAUAGGCCUAUGCGAUCCAUGGAAAGCUCUCGAAAUGGAUGCUAAACCUUUGCCGAAAAUUGAAUCGAGACCAGUACAACCAAAGGAAGAACAAAAGCCAAGGAAAAAAGAUGGCGAUAGACCGCCAAAGGAAGGAAGCACGCAUUUACCAAAAUUUCCGGCUGUUCAAGUUCCGGCUAACGAUUUGGGAACGAAGAAAAUAGAUUUCAGCCAGGUUAAACAACUUAGGCGAGAAAUAGCUAGAAAAUAUAGCGCUAACGCUGACUCGAGAGUGAAUGAUGAAUACCGUAGAACAAAGAACGACAUUUAUAGAAUGGAACUAGACAAGUUGGAGGAUAUUCAUGAGGUAAAUAGGCAGCAUAUGAGGAGAACUUACUUCGCUUAUCUGCAGAAUAAUAAAGGAGCGAAAAAGGCUGUUUACGAAUGUUUUCCGAAGCAACAAACUCAGAAAGAAACCGUUAAGCAGAAUUAA